ACUCCUCAUCAAAUUUCACCCACUCGAAAAGGAUACUUCAAUCAUGGGUCUCCAGGUCGAUCCAGCAUUCAUCCAAGCGGCGGAGCACCGCCCGAAGCCCACCAUCUCCGACGCCGGCAGCAUCCCUCUCAUCGACCUCUCCCCUCUCCUCCAUCAUCAGAUCCCAUCCGAUCCAUCCGAUCCCGCCAUCGCCGAUGAGGUCUCCAAUCUCAUCGCCCAGAUCGGUGAGGCUUGCCGCGAUUGGGGGUUUUUCCAGGUCGUGAAUCAUGGAGUGGAGGUGGAGUUGCUGGAGAGGAUUCAGGCAGCGGCGAGCGAGUUCUUUGCUUUGCCGGCGGAGGAGAAGAGGAGGGUUCAGAGAGGGGUUCUGAAUCCUUUGGGGUAUUACGAUACGGAGCACACGAAGAAUGUUAGGGAUUGGAAGGAGGUUUUUGAUUUCAUUGUCAUUGAAUCCGAGACUGAUUCACUCCUGUUGAAGAAUCAGUGGCCGGAGUACCCGCCGGAGAUGAGGGAGGCUUGUGAAGAGUAUGUUGAAGGUGUGGAGAAGUUGGCUUACAAGUUAUUAGAACUUAUUGCAAUGAGCUUGAAUUUACCAGCAAAGAUUUUAAAUAGCUUCUUUGAGGGCUCAACUAGUUUUUCUAGGUUGAACCACUAUAACCCUUGCCCCUCGCCAGACCUUGUGCUUGGCGUUGGCCGUCAUAAAGAUGGUGGAGCUCUGACCGUCUUGUUCCAAGAUGAAGUUGGUGGCCUUGAUGUUAAGAGAAAAACUGAUGGAGAGUGGGUUCGGGUUAAACCAAUUCACAAUUCUUUUAUUGUCAACGUUGGAGAUAUUAUUCAGGUAUGGAGCAAUGACAAGUAUGAAAGUGUGGAACAUAGAGUGUCAGUGAACUCAGAGAAGGACAGGUUGUCCAUCCCAUUUUUCUUCAACCCUGCAGCCUGUACAAAUGUGAAGCCAUUGGAGGAGCUGGUGAGUGAGGAUAACCCACCAAAGUAUCAGGAGUAUAACUGGGGGGAUUUCUUCAAAUCUCGCAGAGACUCUAAUUUUCAAAAGUCAGAAAAGGAGAACCUUCAGAUUUAUCAUUUCAAGAGGGUUUAGUAUUUCAAAUCUGUUUGCUUUGAACCUUGCUCAGGAAAGCAAUGUGUAAUGUUGUGAUGUAAAUAAUUUGUACUUUAUUAUGUAUCAAAUGGUUUGGUUAUCAGUUUGAACUAUCAUGAUUUCAGA